AGAAGGGGCAAGGGUACGAAAUUACUUCCAAAAUUAUUUGGAAAACGCAACGGUAAUAUUUAGCCGACGCUUUGGUGAGUUGCUAGAAUGUCUUGUAACUAUGAAGCUGAAAUGAGUUGGUCAGAUGCUAGAAAUUUGUUCCGAAAGUGGCGUGAUGACAACGAAAGAAAGAGCUCCAAUGUUGUGCAGCUGUGGGAUGCGGUGUUGAGCGGCAAGCAAAACAAGCUAGGCAACGAACGUCAUUUGAUCCUGGAACAGGUGAUUAUUGCAGCUCUAGAUUGCAACCGCAUCGAGACGGCGGAACACUGUGUGAGCAUUCUGUCGGCAGAGUUCCCCGGUAGUCUGCGGGUUCAAAAAUACCGCUCAAUGUUGCUGGAAGCGCUUGAACGGUACGACGAUGCUCUGGAUGAGCUGGAGCACAUAAUUCGCAAAGAUGAAACGAACGCCGCACCUCGAAAGCGUAAAGUGGCCAUACUAAAAACUCAAGGUCGCACGGCCGAGGCCAUCCGUGAGCUGUGCGAGUACAUGAAGAUAUUCAUGUCCGACCAAGAGGGUUGGCAUGAACUGUGCAAUCUAUACAUGGCAGAGGGCGAAUAUGCCAAAGCAUCAUUUUGUAUGGAAGAGCUGCUGCUGCACAAUCCGCAUAGCCAUCUUAUCCAUCAACGUUUGGCGGACAUUCGCUACACGAUGGGAGGUGUUGAAAAUAUAGAAAUGGCUAAAACACACUACUGCAAGGCCGUCAAAUUGAAUGGUGACAAUCUCAGAGCAUUAUAUGGACUACUUCUGUGUUGCGGUCAUAUUUGUAAUUCAAAAGCCAUCAUAAUGAAACGGAAGGAAGCGCAAAAAUUGGCGCAAUGGACAAUGGCACAGAUUCAGUCGCGCACUCUCGCAUACUUCCCGGACGAUCCUCCCCGAACGGGAACCAACGAGGAUGAAUCGUUGCUGCAAGUUCUCGAGCAAGCUUUUGGUGGAUUAGAUGUUGGGAAACAAUUGGCUAAUUGAUGUGAUAGCACUACAAUUAACCGCUAUUGGCUACGACGUAUUCUAUUGCGUUCAUAACAAAAACCUGUUCAAAUACAUAAUGGAAAUUAUGUGUCUAUUUUAGUUGGGGGCUCGUCCCAUUGUGUGCUACAUAAAGUUGUGAAGGUCACGCGUGCAUUUCGGUGGAGGACUUGAUCCUCGCUAACGUGUAAUCGAAUUUUCUGAUGCUUUACUAUCAAACUGGAUUGAAAUUACGACAUAUGUGCUGAUGUAGCCAAUGAUCUGUAAUUUAAAAAAAUACCUUCGCUAAAUAAA